UCCACCGACAAAGGCGGUGGUCAACACUCAACCUCAAUUGCUUUCUAUCUCUCUUUUUUGUUUUUCAACUGUUACCUUCUCUCUUAAAUGCUAUCUCAAUACCAAAUCCUUCCUCAAUCCCACGAAUCUCUCAUCUCUGUAACAAAGCACAACAAAACAAAAACCAAAUCAACAAAAAUUUAUUCAAAAUCUCCACGAUAAAGAAAAGUCAAAAUAACAAAGAAAAUAGAACCACUCAAUCUAUCUCCACACCCAGUUUCUUUCUCUAAUCCAAAUUAUCCCCAAUUUUCCAUGGCCAUCAAACCCACAAUUCUCAUCACUCUCAUCUUCUUAUUAGCCAAUUCAGUUGUAUCCCAACAAUCCGAUCUCGAAUCCGACCCCACCUCCGAUUGUACCGGCCGUCUGAUCUACAUCAGACGCCUCCCAACGCAAUUCAACACCGACCUCCUCACCAACUGCUCUGAAUACCCUCUUUUUGAUGAUUUCUGCCCGUACUUGGCCAACCAUGGUCUCGGCCUCAAGACCCACAAUCGCUCGCACAGCUGGUACCGAACAGACCCUUUCAUGCUCGAGCUCAUCUUCCACCGUCGAAUGCAAGAAUACCCAUGUCUCACCUCCGAUCCUGAAUCCGCCGACGCCAUCUACCUCCCGUACUAUGCCGGAAUCGACUCUCUCCGCUACCUCUAUGGCCCCGAUUCCAAUUCUAGCUUCGAGCACGGCCUCAAUUUGUUCCAAUUUAUUCGACACUUCGAUUCGCCUCACAUCUGGGGUAGAAACUCCGGGCACGACCAUUUCUUGGUGAUGGCUCGUCCGGCGUGGGACUUCACUCAGCCACUGUCGAACGAUCCGCCGAUCUGGGGCACUUCGUUUCUCGAAUUGCCGGAGUUCUUCAACGUCACGGCGUUGACGUUGGAGUCCAGAGCGUGGCCGUGGCAAGAACAGGCAGUUCCGUACCCAACGUCGUUUCAUCCUCCCAGUGCGGCAUUUCUUCAGUCAUGGAUCGUGCGUGCCCGCCGCUCGCGGCGGACGACUUUGAUGGCUUUCGCCGGAGGCGGAGGAGUGUCACAAUCCCCGAACAUAAGGCGGAGCAUUAGACUCCAAUGCGAGAAUAACAGUACAGAUAUGGUGAUUGUCAGUGCUGGGUAUUCCAAAUUGUGCGAGUUUGUGGAUUGUUCGAAUGGGAUUUGUGAGCACGACCCAAUUCGAUUCAUGAGGCCAAUGUUGCAAUCCACCUUUUGUUUGCAGCCUCCCGGCGACACCCCGUCGAGGCGGUCCACAUUCGAUUCAAUCGUGGCCGGGUGUAUUCCGGUGUUCUUCGAGGAAAUGUCGGCGAAGUUGCAGUACAGAUGGCACAUGCCGGAUGAUCAAUACGGCGAGUUCUCGGUGUUCAUUCCGAAAGAGGAAGUGGUGUUCAAAGGGUUAAAGAUUGUAGAUGUGUUGAUGGGUAUUCCAAGGGCUGAAGUUAGAAGGAUGAGAGAGAGAGUUCUGGAAUUGUUGCCCAGAGUUAUGUAUAGGAAGCACGGAACUUCAGUGGAUUGGAGGACAAAGAUUGAUGCAUUUGAUAUUGCCAUAGAGGGUACGUUACAGAGGAUCAAAUCAAGACUUAAACAACUUGCAGCUCAAUGAUUUUCAUUUCAAUAAUUCUUCUUGUUUGUUGUGAUAUUUUACCAUUAUUUUUCUGCACCCUAUUUAUUCAUAAGAAAGAUGUAGAGCAAGUUAAAGUUUUGUAUUAUUUCAUUGACAAUAAUAAUACAUUUGAUUUUGAUUGA